AAAGAGAAAGCUGAUUUUUCUUAAAUAAAAUAAAGACCCCAUGAAUCAAAAGAUCAAAAAAUGCCUUUGCCAUGCCCACAAGAAAAGAGAUAAAGUUGAAAUAACACAAACUUAGAAAAGAAAGACUUUCUUUUUUUGAAAAAAUAAUAAAAUACUUUGGACCCUCUUGUUGGUAGCUUCUACUAUUAUUUUUAUAGCAUAGAAGAAGUAUAUAGCUAUAUCUACAUUCUUUGAAAAUAAAGCUUAGAUCUUUUUAGCUUCUUUCCACUUUUCAUUCUCUUGCUUCUGAGGAAAAGUUGGUUUUUAUUCAAGAAGAUCAUUAAACUGAGGGAAGAUGAAGAAUGGUUGUUUGCAUGACAAUAAAACUUUGCUUCUGAGGAACAGUUAGUUUUUUCUUUUUCUUUCAAGAACAUCCUUAAACUAAGGGAAGAUCAAGAAUGGUCUGAAAAUUAGUUUUGUUUGCAUGGAGAGUCAAAGAAUUGGAGACACUUCAAGUACUUUGUCAGCUGAUCACAACAUGCCUUAUGCACUUCUUCGUGGCCUAAAUCCUCCUAAUAGCACAAGCUUCAUGUAUCAUUCAACACAAAAUUAUAGUAAUCAAGAACCACCAGCUUUUGAUUUUGGGGAGCUGGAAGAAGCUAUUGUUCUGCAAGGAGUUAAGAUGAGCAAUGAUGAUUCUGUUAGAUCAUCUUUAUAUGGAUCAGGCACAGACAGACCUGCAGCAACUCUGGAGAUGUUCCCAUCUUGGCCUACUAGAUUCCCAAGAGGAAGCUCAAAAUCAGGAGGAGGAGAAGAGAGUAGUGAUUCAGGUUCAGCACUAAACACUACUAUUUCAAGCAGAGGUGAAGCAAAUUUGGAGCCUGAAUCUCCUAUCAGUCAGGCCUUUGAACAACAACAACAACAGCAUCAACAACAAUUUCAAGAAAUGGCAAGUGAUAGUCCAAGAACAGGAGUGUCACAUAUUGAACCAGCUUCAAAAUCCAACUAUGAAAAGAGAAAGGCUGCUGGUUCAACUUCAGAUAGGGUGACUGAUGCUAAGACUUUGAGACGUUUAGCUCAAAAUAGAGAGGCAGCAAGGAAAAGCAGACUAAGAAAAAAGGCUUAUGUACAACAGCUAGAAACAAGUAGGAUAAGACUUGCUCAGCUAGAACAAGAACUUCAAAGGGCUAGGUCUCAGGGGAUUUUUAUGGGAGGUGGUGCUGCUGGUUCCAACAUCAGCUCUGGUGCUGCAAUGUUUGACAUGGAAUAUUCAAGAUGGUUGGAUGAUGAUCAAAGGCACAUAUCUGAACUUAGAACAGCAUUGCAAGCACAUUUAGGAGAUGGUGAUCUAAGAGUAAUAGUUGAUGGAUACGUUGCUCAUUAUGAUGAGUUUUUUCGACUUAAAGGAGUUGCAGCCAAAUCUGAUGUAUUUCACCUCAUCUCUGGAAUUUGGACAACUCCAGCUGAACGUUGCUUCCUUUGGAUGGGUGGUUUUAGGCCCUCUGAACUCAUCAAGAUGUUGAUAGCACAAUUGGACCCCUUAACACAGCAGCAAGUUGUUGGAAUUUACAGUCUGCAACAAUCAUCACAACAGGCUGAAGAAGCACUGUCACAAGGCUUAGAACAAUUACAACAAUCUUUAAUUGAAACUGUUGCAAGUGGUUCUGUCAAUGAUGGUAUGCAUAUUAUGGCUGUGGCAUUGGGCAAGCUUGCUAAUCUAGAAGGCUUUGUUCGUCAGGCUGAUAAUUUAAGACAACAAACACUACACCAAUUGCGCAGAACAUUGACAAUUAGACAAGCAGCAAGGUGCUUCAUGGUGAUAGGGGAAUAUUAUGGUCGAUUACGAGCCUUAAGUUCCCUAUGGGCAUCACGUCCUAGAGAGACUAUGAUGGCAGAUGAUAACUCUUGUCAAACAGCAACAGAGUUGCAGAUGAUACAAGCAUCCCAACACCAUUUCUCAAAUAUGUGAUUCUUGAUGAUGAUCAAAGUUGUCCCAUUAUGGUUCUGAGAGCUGUGGUAUUUAGAUGAGAUAGGGAUUUUUUUCUUUUUUACUUUAUUUGAUGCAUUAUCUCUAUAUUAAAAUGUAUUUCUCGUCUUGUAAAUGUAUAAAAUCAGUUUUAGUGUUCCCAGGAAGCUUAUAAUUGGGGCAAUGAGAUAACAAUGAAAGUAGCAACAUCAAAAAGAGUUUAUAUA